CCGCUCUCACUCUCUCUCUCUCUGUAUCUCCUCUAUGCCAUGAAGUAUAUUUAUGCCAGUGCGAUUUGACCUGUAAAGAGGGCCACAGCGGUCCAACCUACGAGUCGAUGCAGACUGUGUUUGACCGCAUAUCCUUCAGACCGGCAGUCAACCUGAGCAAUCCCACCAUAACAAACAUCUCCUUCACCCUGUAUGCUGUCCUGGGCGUGAAUGAGAAGACCCAGAUCCUCACUACCUUCCUGUGGUUGAGAUUGUACUGGCACCAUCAGUUCCUGGUUUGGGACUCUGAUGCUUGUGGCGGCGUCACCAGGAUUUCUCUGCCAGUCAAAGAGCUCUGGGUGCCUGACAUCAUCGUGUAUGAGUUUGUGGACGACGACGUGUCACAGCAAUGCCCCUACGUCUACGUCAACCACACAGGACACAUCCGCUGGGACAGGAUGCUGCGCCUCGUCAGCGCCUGCAACCUGGAAAUCUUCAGCUUCCCCUUCGAUGUGCAGAACUGCUCCUUUACCUUCGGCUCCUACAUGCACACCAUAAAGGAUGUGAGGUUGACUCCAGCCCUGUCCUUUGAGGAGAUGUCGGGGAACUCGAAACAGUACCUGGAGGCUAGUGGGGAGUGGGAGCUGGUCAACAUCUAUGGAGAGGCGUCUGUCCUCAAGUUUGGCAUCGACGAAUGGGACAUCAUCACUUUCUGGGUGGUGAUAAAGCGCAGGCCAGUGCUCUACGUGGUCAACCUGCUCAUCCCCAGUUCCUUCCUCAUGCUCAUCGACAUCCUCUCCUUCUACCUGCCCCCUCACAGCGUGGACCGCGCCUCCUUCAAGAUGACCCUAAUUUUGGGCUACACCGUCUUCCUGCUCAUCAUGAACGACCUGCUGCCCAGCACGGCCAACGGCACCCCCCUCAUAGGAAUUUACUUUUCAGUGUGUCUGGCUCUCAUGGUCAUCAGCCUGUUGGAGACAGUCGUCAUCACUAAUGUGCUCCAUUCCAACUCCAAGAAGUACCGCGAGGUGCCCCACUGGGUCCGUGUGGUCAUCCUGAAGCACAUCGCCCGUGUGAUCUGCUACCAGUGGCCCGAGGAGCUUGUUCAACCCUCAGCCUCCAGAGGAUCCACCCAGGAUGACAAGACAGACAGACCAAACCCCAGAAGCCCUCCCUGGGUCCUUGCACCAGCCAACCCUGUGCACAUCCCUGCCCAGCACACUACAAGCACCAUUGGUCCUGGGGUGGUGUCCUCUGUGCCUGAGCUGCGUCAGAUCUGCCAGGACCUGAGUGACUUGCGUGCCCACCUAACGUCGAUGCAGAAGGAGGGCGUGCUUCAGGAACAGUGGUGCCACGUAGGCUACGUGCUGGACUUCCUGCUCUUCCGUAUCUACCUCCUCCUCAUCUCCUGCUACGCCAUGGUCAUUAUCUGUAUGUGGUGCAUCUGGAUCAACCAAUGAGAGACCAAAAGAGUGCAUUUGUUUUAGCUUGCCCAUUCCAUUGGUCUGAAAGUGACAUCUCAGAUCACCUCAGGCAGUGGGGCGAACUAAAACAAAUGCACCCAGAGAGAGAAUAAAUAAGGGGGGGUGGAAAAGAGUGAGACCAAUGUACCAUAAUUCUCUGCUUUUUUUUAAAUGUAGUUUUAAUUUCGUGAAAAAUCAAGUUUACAUAUUUAUUAGGCCACCUGCCGCCCCCCUCUAACCACUAGGCCACCUGCCGCCCCCCUCUAACCACUAGGCCACC